GAUUACAGCAGAUUCAAUAACAUGAAGAGUUGUGCAUGGAAGUGCUGGGCGUUACUAUUACUCAUCUUUUGGGCUGUUGUUCUCUGUAAUUACUCCCUUCUAAGAAUUAACACCUCUCUUGGCUCUACAAUUUAUGUUUUUGCAAAGUUACCGAAACCUCCUACCUCAAGAUUCUUCUUGCCUUCUCAAGCGAAGGAAAAUGGAAGGCCAUUAGGGGUACAAAACUAUCUAAGCACUACUGGUGAUAAAACGUUUGACCUUGUCCUAUUUUCCACGGAAGAUGGUUAUUCUCCAUAUACGAUGCGAAAAUUAAAGCUGUUUCGUUCCAUGUGUGACAUCUACGCGUCCAAAUAUAGUUUUCGUGCUAUUCUAUUUACUAAGACACAAACUCUCGCUUCUGCUUUGUCAAGUUCCUCUGUGAUUAUUGUUUCUGAUUUUGAGGUCAAUCCUUUCGGUUUGCCCAUAAUUACAUCGAUGUUUUCGAUUGCCCAACGACUUGUCAGCGCGAAAUACUAUGGGUACAUCAACUUUGACAUCCUCGUUGAUCCCAUGAUCUUCGAUGUCCUUUCGUUUUGUGAGAAUUCUGUGAAGUCCGGCCAGAUAAAACCGAUGCAUGAGAUCGCUGGCCGUGUUUAUGAGCGAAGCUGGAGCGACCUUCCCUCUUCUUUCGAUUCUUUUGAAGCUCUACGCUCCUAUUUUGCGAACUACACGCGUAGCAGAGCACGCAUCCGAUCUCCGGGAAGUGCCGACUAUUUCGUGUUUUCGCGUCAAGCCAUGCCUCUCGUCACGAAUACGUCGCAGAGCGCUGUGAUUGGUCGUCUACGAAUCGACAACUACUUGAUGGGAGUGAUCUACGAGGCGGGCGAUCUGAUCGAUGCGACGACUGCGGUGAUCGGGUUUCACGAGGGGAUCGAUGGCUUCUUCAACCGCAGAGCGGGCUCGCAAACGCCGUUCACUACGGCUAUGUAGGCGAGAAGGGCGCCAAGCAGCUCCGCGCCUCCAAUCGACAGUGCUGUACUCUACACACCCAUU